GGUAUUAAGCUCGUUUACGUUAUUCAUAUGAAGGCAUUUAAUCCAUACACUCUUGUUAGACUUGGAUACUGCUGUAACCGGAACAUCGUUUACCCUGCGUCGAACAAUGCGGAAGUCAAAAAUCCAGAAGUGUGAAAAAGGCCUAUUAGCUGUAUUUCACGGCUGUUCGGUGUUUGGUUAAUCCACUUAAAGGGACGGUAGGCCUACACAUGCGCAAAUGUACAAGAUCAGGAUGUCACCACCUCCGCCUCAUUUUGAGCCAAGAAAAACCCUGGUCUCUAUACUUGGCUACUGUGCUCUCAGGGCUCAAAGACGAGUAACAAGAUAAGCUGACCAGAAAACAACCUGAGCAUAAUGAUCAUAACGCUUUCUACUACAAAGCUCGUGCUGGCUAUUGCCACAGCUUUGGGUUUUGUCUUCGCCAUCAACUCUAUCCUUCCUAAGGGACAGUCGAAUAAAAAUCAGAUAUGUGUUAACUGCGAUAAUGUGAAGCUUCAGCAGCUCAGUAAAGCCGCCCAGGAUGCACUAAACGCUAUUGCGUGCACACGCACGUUGUCUUCUUCUGAAAAGCGAGCGAACCGGGGCCAGCAUGUCUUCAACAAUAGAGUCCUUGGGUUUCAUCGCAGUGUUCUGCAGAAGCUGCUGGAAGUCGUGGGAGGCUAUGAUGAGCAGCUUGAGAACCUGACGCAGGACCUUGUAAUCCCCCUCAGCCGAACUGAACAAGAAGCAAUUAGCAGAAUGGUGGCCCACUUCAGUUCGAAUGAGUUCUAUGUGGAUUACAAUGCAGAUGUGUUCGGAGAGUAUGUAAGGCAGCUCCGAGCUCAACUUGUGGCAUACCUCAUGGCUGAUACAUCUGUCAACAAUAAUGAGAGGGCCGGAAUCCAGAAUAUUCGUCAGAAGGUGCAGUUUAUCACCACUGAAAUGGUGAAUCAUGUGGUGUAUGUGGACCCGAUGGCCCGCGAUCGCUGGCUGCAGGAGCACCCAAGAGAUGAGCAACUGUAUGAACAGGUCAGACGUGCCAUUGGGAAUAUGUUCAGAAACAUCCUGCAGGACUUUCAAAAAGUGUCUAUCAAGAUAAAAGUAUUUCGCGGGAGAAACAACUGGAACUGGGACAGGGACAGAAGUGACGUGAAGUGAGUCUGCAGACUGAAUCUGUUCCAGAACCAGUUAUCCUAAUCAUCUUAUUGAUUUUUCCAUCAUCUGUAGUGAUGCUGUUUAAAUCCAAACCCCAACCAGUUCAGAAAGACAUUGAGAGAUCUACUCUUUGACCUGUUGUUCUUCUUUCUAAAAUCAAGCUUUGGUUUUACCCCCCAUUCAGUUUUAUAUCACAUACAGUACAUCACAACAGCUAAUAAUAAUAAUAAUUAAUCAUUUACAACUCUUUUUGUAGCCCAGGUCAUUGCUUUGAUUAAUUAAACCCAACCCAACUGGAAACCCAACCCAACUGUACUGGAAACAGUGGUAACAAAACAGUAGUUUUGUUAGUUAAAUAAAGGUCCAAGAUAAUUAACAAAUCACAGAUUCUUGUUUAAUUAUAAUUUCCCAAAUAUUUUGACAUUUUAAUGUUUAUUGACAAUAAAUAUAGAAAACAAAUUUCUUUUUCAUUUG